AAUAUUACUCGCGUCACUUGGACAAGUACUGCAAUACAAUUGAAAAAAAAAAAACGAAAUAAAAAACGAAAAAAGAACAAAUAAACAAAAAACAAACGACAAACGAUGCGAACCUUGCAAGGCUUUAGCAUACACCGACCCGUUUACCUGGACGACGAGGUGAGCGUCUACGGUGUCGCUAGUAGCAAUAGUGCGCGUCCGCAGCAAAGUCCCAGCUUUGCAGCCUCGACCUCGAGCCAUCAUCAUCAUCAACAUCAUCAUCAUCAUCAGCAGCAGCAUCAACAACAACAACAACAACAACAGCAGCCACAGCCACAGCUUCAGCAGCAACAGCCGCAACGACCGGCGAGCAAACCGACGACUGCGACAUCCUUGAGCGAUUACUCGCCGGAAGAUUACGCCGCAGCCGAAAUCGAUGUCGUCGGCCAAGGGCCGAACGCGCGUUACCGUUGCGGUGAAUUGUACACGAGGAGCAACCGGAUCGUCGGCGGUCACAGCUCCAGUUUCGGCAGCCAUCCUUGGCAGGCGGCCAUCAUCAAGUCGGGCUUUCUCAGCAAGAAGCUGUCGUGCGGCGGGGCUCUGCUGAAUAAUCGCUGGGUCGUUACCGCCGCUCAUUGCGUCGCCACCACGCCCAACAACAACCUCAAGGUCCGGCUGGGAGAGUGGGACGUGAGGGACGCCUCGGAGCGGCUGCUCCACGAGGAGUUCGCGAUCGAGCGCAAGGAGGUGCACCCGCAGUACUCGCCGACCGACUUCCGCAACGACGUCGCCUUGGUCAAGCUCACGCGGGUCGUCGCCUUCAAGCAGCACAUCGUGCCGGUCUGCCUGCCGGCCAAGAGUCUCAAGCUGCAGGGUCGCACCGCCACGGUGGCCGGCUGGGGUCGCACGAGGCACGGCCAGACCUCCGCGCCUACGGUCCUCCAGGAGGUCGACGUAGAGGUCAUUUCGAACGAUCGCUGCCAGCGCUGGUUCAGAGCGGCCGGACGCCGCGAGACCAUACACGACGUCUUUCUCUGCGCCGGCUACAAGGAGGGCGGCCGGGACUCGUGCCAAGGCGACUCGGGCGGGCCCCUGACCAUGGCCGUGGAGGGCCGCCACGUGCUCAUCGGCCUCGUCUCCUGGGGCAUCGGCUGCGGUCGCGAGCACCUGCCCGGCGUCUACACCAACAUACAGAAAUUCGUGCCCUGGAUCGACAAAGUCAUGAGCUGAGCCUAUAGCGAGCAACUCGUCCGCAACGAGACGGAUCGACUAUUGAAUCGUCGUCGGGUUUCGCGCGUCGGCGGGAUCGACGCGUCGCGGCUCGCCCCAGGAAUCUCGCCCAUCGU